AGAAGUGGGUUAAGGCUAACCAGAGUUACACUAAAGCGUCUUAUCGGGCGUCUUCUUGAUGACGCUGGAGUUGAAGCGACUGAAGGCAACCCAGGAGAGGUUUAAAAUUUUCAAAAUCGUCUGAUUUCUGACGUUUGUUUUAACGUUAACGCGGGCAAAUUAAAAGCGAUAGGCCUAUAUACUUCGAUUCACUUGUCAUUAGGUUAUAUUGGCCCUUAAAUAUGGGUCAAAUGACGGGGCCACAAUGAUAGCGUGACCCGCAAUACUUUGUUCAAUCCAUGACAGAUAAAUAGAUGUACGGCCCCCAAGUAUCAUGCUGAUCUUUGGGUGACACAAAUUUUAUGCAGCGCACGAAAAGCAGAGAAAACCAACAGGUUUAAUAGUACACCGAAAUGAGACUGGCACUAUACAUUAUGUAUAAUAUGCAGGCUAUUAGACUGAGGAAUUAACUGAGGAGAAAGAGAUACACGUUCCACAAGGUGAUAUUCAACUCAUCUAUAUUUUGAAUUCCUUGUUGUAAAACAGAGAGCAUCUUGUUAUUGAGUUCUUGCUACGGAGUUUCCGUGGAUGUACAGAUAGGCUGUUGUUUAAUGCUGGUGCAGCUUUGGUUAACACAUGGUCUAACCAGCUUAUAUCCCCGUGCUAGAAACAUAGCAAAGUGAUGCUGGUCCAUGUAAAAGAAGCUGUCUCAGAGAUGAGUUCGCAUGCCCCCCAAAAUGUCGCAAAUAUGUCGUCCUCCAUACAAGCAGUUACAUUACAGAGACCAGUUUUUACAGGUGAUUGUAGGGAUUUUUUUCUUCACAUGUGCCCCACAUGGACUUCGAGUGGAGACUGCCAAGCCAAGUUACGGUUUAUGCUUGAGUUUUGCCCAAAAUCUUGCGAGUUCUGUAUUCCCAGUUUUGCAGAUAUCUACCUAGAAGACUGGAAGAGUUUGAUGGUAUUGGUGACUUUGUUAGCCAUCUUGCUCCUCGGAACUACCGUGUUAAUCAUAUAUUCCAUCAAGUCUUCCAAAUGUUUAUUCAAAAAGAUGGUAUGGAAGAUAUUGGAUCUGGGAAGAUCGCCACGGAUAAUUGAAAAAACCUGAAAAUACCAUAUAUGCAGUAUAUGCACUAUUUUAAUGCCUGUGAUUUGUUUAUAUUUAAAAUAAUAUUUGUCAGGGGUUAUAAUAAUUGUGUAGAUAUUGGUGGUAUUCACAAACCUUUUUUAAUUACUAAUAAAUAUUAUUGAUGCAAGAAAACAAUACGUUGUACAUUCGUUCUUAUGGUUUAUUGAGGCACUGGAAUUUAACCUGUCAUAUGUUUGAGAAUUGUAGUAUUUUUGGAUAAUCCUUUGUCGAUUGCAAUUGUUAAAAUUGAUUAAUAUCAUAAAUAUAUUAUGCUUAUUACCAUCCAUAAAAGGUCGAAAUGGAAUGUUUUUUGAUAUUAUUAUUGCAAAAUACGUUAUGGGUUUUAAUAUACAACUUUUUAUUAUAUAAACUCAUCACCUAUCAACAAGGUCUCAUGUUUUUAAUUAAUCCAGUUGCAGAGUGUUAGAGUCUGUCAUUCUACAAAAAGUGCCUUAGUUGUAUUUUUAUCGAAUUGUUUACAAUCAAAAUAAAAUAUUAAGUUAAUAAAAUCGCUCAGUGGAGCAUGGACUCGCAAAAUAUAUAAUGAAGUAAUUCAACCAUGAA